UCGCUUACAUCUUACAAACCGCGUUUCGUGUCUCGUAAAAUUAUAAAAAAAUCACGUGCUCAAUUUUACAUAUUAUUAGUGUUGUAUUGUGAUUCUAGAUAGUAAUAACAUUUCUAGAGUGUCACGUCGUGUUUAGAUCGUUUGCAUUAGGUAUAUUUAGUGCCAGUGCGUCAGCUUUCGUCGAAGGAUCAGUCUGAGCCGUUGCGUUUGCGCCGCUUUAAAGAAUUCAGUCAGAGACAGACAGAGUUGGCUCGCAAGCGCUGAUAGCAGCAGGCGCCGGCGCCUGACGGACGGUGUCGCGGUGUCAGCGCAUAUGCCAUGUGAUGCGUGGCAAACUGGCAGAACUCCUGCGCGGAUCCGUGCCUGCGACGACGCAUACGGCCGAGUCGAACAAACUGCACAAUGGCAGCAUUGCUAACGUGCUCGUGUACCCUGAUCAAGGGAGUACACGCGAAGGCGGAUUGGUGUGGCGCGGGUGCUCCGCCGGCUGCGACGCCGAGGGCGGCGCGACGGGAGCGCUCGACGACAGUAGCCUCAACCCAGGAGACAAGUUGGAGGGGUCGGACGCAGCUCCGGACGACCCUGUUCACCUCAAGAGACGGGUGGGACUCUUCAGUGGGGUGGCUCUAAUCGUUGGCACCAUGAUUGGCUCGGGAAUUUUCGUCUCGCCCUCUGGGCUUUUGGAGCGGACGGGCUCAGUGGGCAUAAGCUUCAUCAUAUGGAUGGCAUGUGGCCUGCUCUCAUUGCUCGGAGCGCUCGCGUAUGCGGAGCUGGGUACGAUGAACACAUCGUCAGGAGCUGAGUAUGCAUACUUCAUGGACGCAUUCGGAGGACCACCCGCAUUCCUCUUCUCAUGGGUAUCGACAUUGGUGCUGAAACCAUCACAAAUGGCCAUAAUCUGCUUGAGUUUCGCCAAGUAUGCAGUGGAACCGUUCGUGUCCGAGUGCGAGCCGCCAAGCAGCCUCGUCAAAUUGGCAGCAGUCAUUUGUAUUGUGAUGAUCUUAGCUGUGAACUGCUACAGCGUGAAUUUGGCGACGAACGUCCAAAAUAUCUUCACGGCGGCAAAACUGGCAGCUAUCGCGAUCAUCGUCUGUGGCGGAGCUUACAAACUGAUAUUAGGUAAUACGCGACAUUUACAGGAGCCCAACUUCGCCAGUAGCACGGCGACUCUGGGCAACAUUGCCAACGCAUUCUACACUGGCCUUUGGGCCUACGACGGAUGGAAUAACCUCAACUAUGUCACUGAGGAAAUUAAGAAUCCUUCCAAAAAUCUCCCACUGAGUAUAAUAAUCGGGAUUCCGCUGGUAACUCUAUGCUACGCGCUGGUGAACGUUUCGUACUUAGCCGUGAUGUCGGUGAACGAGAUGAUGGACAGCGAGGCGGUCGCUGUUACCUUCGGCAACCGGCUGCUGGGGCCCAUGGCCUGGUUGAUGCCCCUCGCGGUCACCAUUUCCACCUUCGGAUCUGCUAAUGGCACCCUGUUUGUUGCUGGAAGGCUUUGCUUUGCAGCCUCACGGGAAGGUCAUUUACUGGAUAUUCUGUCGUAUGUACACGUACGCCGAUUCACACCCGCGCCUGGACUGAUAUUCCAUUCUCUGAUUGCGGUUACAAUGGUGCUGUAUGGAACGAUCGACUCUCUAAUCGACUUCUUCUCAUUCACGGCCUGGAUAUUCUAUGGGGGCGCGAUGCUGGCGUUGAUAGUUAUGCGGUACACCAAGCCCGACGCACCGAGACCUUAUAAGGUGCCAAUAGUGAUCCCGUACGCCGUACUGCUGGUGUCGGCGUACCUGGUGGUCGCCCCGAUCGUGGACAAGCCGCAGUGGGAGUACCUGUACGCGACCGCCUUUAUAUUCGCCGGCCUGCUGUUCUACUUACCUUUCGUCAAGUGGGGAUACUCUUUGCCGUUCAUGGACAAAAUUACGGUUUUCCUGCAAAUGGUGCUGGAAGUGGUGCCAACUUCGACGACGUUCGAGUACUGAGCAGUCUGAGCUGGACUUUAAAAGAGCAUUUGUGACAAAAUUAUUAUUGUUAAUUUUAAUAUGACACCUAUCAUUUGUUAUGUAAACUACUUUCAAAAACUAUAAUUUUUGUUUGUGUUCAUCUCAUGGUCAAGUACGUAUAUUUAAUUGUUAGCUAAGACGUAUAUGACAUCAUAAACAUAGUCUGGAAGAGCUGGAUACCGAUAAUCAAGCUUGAUGACAUAUCAUGAGAUGUAAACAAACAAAAUGCUUAAAGUAAUUCUUAAAGUCAUAAUGUUGUUAAAUCUAAUUUUGACUGAAAUGUUGUUCCUUAUCUCAGGUUAUUAAAUGAGUGUUUAUGACGAAAAAUUUAAUGCAAUAAUUGUUUAUUAAAUUUCUUUAAAUGAAUCAAUAUUCAACUUUGAUAUUGAUGUCUUAUAGCCAAGUAACAAAACAUGUGAAUUGUUCCAAAUUCAAAUAAGAUUUAAAAGCUCCAUAUUAUGUUGUGCUAUUUAUGUAUGAUAUUAUGUAAUAAGUAUAAAACAGCAUAUUUUUGUGAACAUUAGAUAGAAAUCAUCGUUCAUUUCAUUAGUUUGCACGAAUCAUUCCUAUGGGGGACAUGCUAAUCGAGAUAAUAAGAGCUUAGCUAUGAAUGUUAGAAAGAAACAAAAACAUAUUGUAAAAAACAUACAAAGUAUUUAAAUAAUCAAUUCUAAAUAUGGAUCUGCUAGGUAUAAAUUUACCACGAGGUCACAUUAAUAAAAUAUUAGGGCUUGUGCGUUUUAUUACCUUUUCAAUUUUAGUUUUAAUUUGUUACCUAUCAUUGAAAUUUGACUGCAGCUAAUUUUGAGCCGGCUUGUAUCCCCGUUCGCGUCACUAUGAGUGAUUGUGCUAAACUCAUAGUUCGUAGCUCAUACUCAUCUAGACAACAUAGUUAUUGGGGAAUCUAGAUAAUGUGUCAUUUAAUUUACAUAUUUUUACAGUUUUUACUCACCAUAAAGGGGAUAGCAAUAUGUGAAGUAAACUUAACCAUAGGUUCAAUGUUAACCUUAGAUUUCAAGUAUUUAUAUAGUAGAUAGUGAUGUAUCAUGGCACUUUCGUCCAUAUCGAUAUAAUCUAAGGAAUCUAGGGUUCACUACAGGUACAUGCUACCCCAAGUCAAAGACUAGAGUGUGUGUUUUCUAAUAAAUAACGUAUUGACAAUGUUCAGGCGGCAAGCUGUGCGACUGGUAAAAUUUGGUCCUAUCAUUCCUUACCGGGGCAUAGCGAAACCGUCAGCAUUCUGUUUUUAUUAAAAAUAUUUUUAUAUUUACUGAUUGUAAUAGGAUUGAUAAGGAUUUCUCAGGAAAACUUUAAUAUAAAGACGGGCUAAAACGCUCUUGUUACCAGCUUAAAAAUAAAUUUUUGCCAAAUGUUUGUAGAAAAAUAAAAUCCACGUGUAAAUGAUUAUUAUCAUAAACAUUGUACCUAUUUACUAAGUAAAAGUGGGCACACAGCGAGUACAUACACCUAACGAUGUGAUAUUGUUAUGGGUAGUAACGAAUGGUUUUAUUUUGUGUACAGAAAUAUCAUUAAAUACAUACCUAUUAUACAUUGCAUAAAUAAUAAUAACAUAUGUAUGUACUUAUCUCUCAAAGAGAACAGAAUUAUUUAUUGUUAUACAAUUACAAUAGAAAUAAAUGAAAUUUUAAAUAAAGACAAAAUUAAAAACAAA